AUGUAGAUGCAUUUGAGGAUUAAAAGUGACAUAGUGUAUGAUCAAUUCAAUCUGAAUUUACAAUAAUCGACUAGUUAAAGAAUUUUGAAAUCAGAACAGAAGUCCUAUUCACUAUCAUCAUAACUUUGUGAUGGAAUGCUUUCAGAACGCAAACUUGAUCUGCCUUGCUCGCAAAAAAUAAGGAGAAAUCCUGUAAGACAUCAAUUGAAUUCCUGUUAUUCUUGGUUUAAUGAUGAUGAUUAGGAAUUAGAGGAACAUUCAAUUUGGGGAGAUUCUGAAUAAUUGCCUGUUGCAAAUAAUAAAGAAAAUUAAUUGAUAUCCUUUUUAGAGUUAUAUAAGUAUAGAUAUGAAAGAACUACAAAAAAACCGGUCUCGAGUCAUAAUGUUAUAUAAAUGGCAAAAAAACUCAUUGGCAGACAUCCUAAUUCCAGAAUUAAGUAUUGUGGGAUCAAUAAAUUGCAAUGGAUUGAUUUUCGGGAUUGGAGCAAAUGA